AUGAUCGGCUUUGAUAUUAUUAUGAAGAUAUCAUCAGAUUUGUACAAAAAGGCCGGCAUUUGUCCUAAUAAUGCACAGGUUAUCGAACUUCACGAUUGCUUUGCACCAAUCGAACUUAUCACCUAUGAGGUUAUUGGACUAUGUGAAGUUGGUAUGUAUCUGAAAGUUCGACCUGUCCCACGAAGGCUGUGGCGACAAAGGUCUGUCAUUCCAAGAAAAGGUAGCACAAUCGUUGAUCGAAGAGACAAUACCUAUGGAGAAAAAUGGGUGCUCAAUUCCAUCAGCUGGACUGAUUUCAAAGGGACAUCCAGUCGGUGCUACAGGUAA